AUGGUUCAGGGACGAGUUCUUGUCAUUGCCGGCUCGGACUGCUCCGGCGGAGCAGGCCUGGAGGCGGACCAAAAAGUCAUCGCGGCGCAUGGCUGCUAUGCCAUGACGGCCACCACGGCGCUGACGGCGCAGGACACGACUGGAGUGCACGACAUUCACCACGUGCCGCAGGAGUUUCUUCUCAAGCAGAUCGAUGCCUGUAUCGGCGACAUCGGGGUGGACGUCGUCAAGACUGGCAUGCUGGCUUCGCCUGCUACGAUUGAGACGGUUGUCGAGGCUCUCAAGAGGCACAAGGUCCCCAAGGUCGUCGUUGACCCGGUCAUGAUCGCGACCAGCGGCGCAGAGCUGCUCCCUCGCGAGGCCGUCGCCGCGUUGCUGGAAGGCCUGCUCAAGCUCACCACCGUCCUCACGCCAAACAUCCCCGAGGCGAAGCUCAUCCUCGAGGACUCGGGCCACGCGCCGGUCGAGGUAGAGAGCGUCGGGGACCUCGAGGCGAUGGCGAAGGCGGUGCAGGCGCUGGGGCCCGAGUGGGUGCUCGUCAAGGGCGGACACGCGCCGUUCAAGGCGGAUUUGACUGUGGCGAAGAGCGAGGAGGACAAGGCUGUUGUUGUGGAUGUGUUGUAUGGGCACGGCGAGUUUUGGCACGUGCAGAGCCCGUAUCAGAGUUCGACGAAUACGCAUGGGACUGGGUGUUCUUUAGCUUCUGCUAUUGCAUCUAAUGUGGCAAAGAGUCUUGGUGUACCGGAAGCUGUCAAGUCGGCUUGUCGAUACAUUGAGGCCGGGAUCAAGACUGCUCCUGGGUACGGAAAGGGGCAUGGUCCGCUGAAUCACUUUCACUCUAUCCAGACGCUGCCCUUUGCACCUGGGCGCUUUAUCGAGUACAUGCUCGAGAGACCGGAUGUCAAGGAUGUUUGGAAGACCUUUGUGUAUCACCCAUUCGUCAUGGCCAUGGGAGACGGGACGCUGCCCAUGGAGUCGUUCAAGCAGUAUCUCAUCCAGGACUACCUCUAUCUGGGUGCCACAAUCGUCAACCACAUAAGUCGUGAGAUGAGCCUGCACAUCGACUACUGCAAGGGUUUCGGCAUCACGGUGCCUGAACUCGAGGCCACAGAGGAACAUCAAGGCAAGUCCUAUCUUGUGGAUGUUGCCUGCACGGCGUACACGCGCUACGUCCUCGACGUGGGCGUCAGCGAGGACUGGAUCGCGCUGCAAAUGGCCCUCGCGCCGUGCCUGCUCGGAUACGGCGCCGUGGCAAAGCAGCUCCACGGCGACGUCAAGACGAAGCGCGAGGAGAACACGUACUGGAAGUGGAUCGAGAACUACGUCGCUGACGACUACGUCGGGGCGGUGAAGACCGGCUCAGUCACCGUGGACGCCAGCAAGUGUGCAGAUUUGGCAGAGGUGCCUUAUCGCGAGUCAGAUCCACCAUCUUAUCCGAGCGAUAAAGGCAGUAACAGACCCACGUGCAUCGGCAAUGGAUACGGUGGCGGCGGCUACGGCGGCGGUGGUGGUUUCGGCGGUGGCGGUGACCGCAUGAACAACCUUGGCGCUGGUCUUCGCACACAAGAAUGGGAUCUUUCCACGAUGCCCAAGUUCGAGAAGUCUUUCUACAAGGAGCACGAGGAGGUGGCCAACCGCAGCUCAGAGGAUGUUGAGUCCUUCCGUCGCAAGCACCAGAUUGCCAUUGCUGGCAACGAUGUCCCCAAGCCCGUCGAGACCUUCGACGAGGCUGGUUUCCCCAGAUAUGUCAUGGACGAGGUCAAGGCUCAGGGCUUCCCCGCUCCUACUGCCAUUCAGUCCCAGGGUUGGCCCAUGGCUCUCUCCGGUCGCGACGUCGUCGGUAUUGCCGAGACUGGUUCCGGAAAGACGCUUACCUACUGCCUUCCCGCCAUCGUCCACAUCAACGCCCAGCCUCUGCUGGCCCCCGGCGAUGGCCCCAUUGUCCUGAUCCUCGCCCCUACCCGUGAGCUCGCGGUCCAGAUUCAGCAGGAGAUUUCCAAGUUCGGCAAGUCUUCCCGCAUCCGCAACACCUGCGUUUACGGUGGUGUCCCCAAGGGUCCCCAGAUCCGUGAUCUCUCCCGCGGUGUCGAGGUCUGCAUUGCCACCCCCGGACGUCUCAUCGACAUGCUCGAGGCCGGCAAGACCAACCUGCGUCGCGUCACCUACCUUGUUCUUGACGAGGCUGAUCGCAUGUUGGACAUGGGUUUCGAGCCCCAAAUUCGCAAGAUCAUUGGCCAGAUUCGCCCUGACCGUCAGACUCUCAUGUGGUCCGCCACUUGGCCCAAGGAGGUUCGCGCUCUUGCGUCCGACUUCCUCUCCGACUUCAUCCAGGUCAACAUCGGUUCCAUGGACCUGGCUGCCAACCACCGCAUUACCCAGAUUGUCGAGGUCGUCAACGAGAGCGAGAAGCGUGAUCGCAUGAUCAAGCACCUCGAGAAGAUGAUGGACAACAAGGAGAACAAGGUUCUCAUCUUCGUUGGCACCAAGCGUGUCGCUGACGAGAUCACCCGUUUCCUUCGCCAGGACGGAUGGCCCGCGCUUUCCAUCCACGGCGACAAGCAGCAGAACGAGCGUGACUGGGUCCUCGACCAGUUCAAGACUGCCAAGUCUCCCAUCAUGGUCGCGACCGACGUCGCUUCGCGUGGUAUUGAUGUUCGCAACAUUACUCACGUGCUGAACUACGAUUACCCCAACAACUCGGAGGAUUACAUCCACCGUAUUGGUCGUACCGGUCGUGCUGGUGCCAAGGGUACCGCCGUUACCUUCUUCACCACUGACAACUCCAAGCAGGCUCGUGACCUCGUCAACGUCCUCAGAGAGGCCAAGCAGGAGAUUGAUCCCCGUCUCGCUGAGAUGACCCGCUACGGUGGCGGCGGCGGCGGUGGUCGCUACGGCGGCUGGGGCCGUGGCCGUGGUGGUGGCCGUGGCGGCGGUGGCGGUAACAACGCUAACAACGCUCCUCUAGGAGGCGCUCGUCGUUGGAGCCGGGGGCCCAACUCUGAUAGGGACGAGGAGGAGGAGGAGGAGGAGGAGGAGGAGGAGGAGGAGGAGGAGGAGGAGGAGGAGGAGUACAGUCAUUGA